UAUCGUUGCGGUUUCGUUUCUUCAGAAAACUAAUUUCCGGGGAAGAGCAAGAACACUUCAACGAGCAAUUCAGCGAGAAUCAGUUCUCCAUAGGCUAUUGUUGCAGUUUCCAAACACCAAUGUCUUCUAUAGUUUCUCAGUUUGUUACAAAGAUUCUUUGCGAGAAUCAUGGCUGUUUGGAAUUUAAACAACUCAAACAGAUUGUUGAUCAAAAAUUCACAGUGGCUGAUGAAGUGCUUACGCGAAUACUUAACGACGGUGGAAAAAUCGUUAUCAUCGAAGGCAAACGAACGGCAGCUGGAUGUAUUAUGAGCCCAGAUAGUGUAAUUGUGGCCAAAACAUCUCUACGCGUCUGUCAAACGUCGCCUGGAGACUGUACCCAGUGCGACAGCUUACACUUGUGUAGGUAUUAUGUAUGCGGUCACUGUAUUUUCGGGGUCAAAUGCAAGAAUGUACACAAACUGGAUUCCCCUUCGAACCUAUCACUUCUAAGUAGCCAUGGGUUGCAGAGCUUGGUGGAAAAGGAGCUGUUCUCGCUCCUGUUGCAGAACGACCCCUACCUGUUACCAGAGAUCUGUCUUCACUACAACAAGGGUGUGGCUGAACAUGGAACCUGCAAGUUCAAGACCUCCUGUAUCAAACUACACCUGUGCCUCCACUUCCUCCAAGGAGACUGUAGGUUUGGACCUUCUUGUAAGAGAGCACACUCCUUCGAUGGCGCCGCCUUGAAGAUCUUGAAGGGGCGUGGUCUCAGCUCUGAGAACCAGAUCAUGUUAAAGCAGAUCUACAAGAACAGACUGCUGAUCCAGGCUGGCCCACCUCAGCCACUAGGGACAGAUGGCCCCAGCCCGCCCUCCUGCAUCUCCCCUCGACACCCAGCUGCUCCAGGGGGAAGACAGCCCUGCAUCUCCCCUCGACACCCAGCUGCUCCAGGGGGAAGACAGCCCUGCAUCUCCCCUCGACACCCAGCUGCUCCAGGGGGAAGACAGCCCUGCAUCUCCCCUCGACACCCAGCUGCUCCAGGGGGAAGACAGCCCUGCAUCUCCCCUCAACACCAAGCUCCUCCAGAGGACAGGAAGCGGUCCUCUAACUCCACCAGUGAGGGGGACAAGAAUGAGAUCUGCCUCUUCUUCAUUCGCAGACACUGCAGCUUUAAAGAUCAGUGUGUCCGGGUCCACUUCCACCUGCCCUAUAAAUGGCAGAUCCAGGACAGAGAUGAAGUGACCUGGAGAGACCUUCCUAACAUGGAGGACAUAGAGAUGGCCUAUUGUGACCCGAGGACAGACGACAGUGGAGGGAUCCUGGCUGUGAACUUCCUCACCAUGGAGAUGGGAAGUUCCCGAGUCCGCCGUCUCUCCACCUCCUCCUCCGUCACCAAACCUCCACACUUCAUCCUCACCACCCAGUGGCUCUGGCACUGGAAGGAUGAGUUGGGACAGUGGCUGGAGUUUGGACAGGGCGACAGUGAUGGAGUGGCGUCUAUCACCUCAUCGACACUGGAGAAUGUCUUCCAGGCUGACAUUGACACUGAGAUCUCAUUUUCUGUUGGCAAACACAAGUACAUCCUCUAUCUGAAAGAGAUGUAUCAGCUGAACGUCACAUAUAAAACCAAGCGAGAGGUGAGGAGAAGACCUCACUUCCUGUCUGGACAGGAUGUGGAGGCCAAGCUGAAAUGCAGUGGGUCCAUCCAGCUUGGGUCUUCUGAGAGCUCGUCCUCCUGCUCAGUGGAAGUGCCUCCACACUGGGACAAAACAGCCCUGGCUGACUUUACAUACAAGCUGGUCCGACUCCCAGGUACUCAGAGUGAGUACAAGAUGGUGGAGAAGCUGUUCAGAAGCACCAUGACCACAAGCACCAUCCACAGCAUUAAGAGGAUUCAGAACCCUGCACUGUGGAGAGUAUUCCAAUGGCAAAAGGAGCAGAUGAAGCAAAGGAAUGGUGGGAAAACUGUAGACGAGAGACACCUGUUCCACGGUACCGACUCAUCUCUCAUCGAUGCCAUCUGUGAGCAGAACUUUGACUGGAGGGUCUGUGGAACCAAUGGAACUCUCUAUGGCAAAGGGAGUUACUUUGCCAGAGACGCCUUGUACUCCUCCAAAUAUGCCCAGGGGAGUGGCAGCAAGAGCAACAUCAUGUUUGUGGCCCUGGUUCUGGUGGGGGAGUUCACCAGGGGCAGCGGCACCUUCGUCAAGCCCCCGACCAAGAGUACUGGCAAGGGCUUCUACGACAGCUGUGUGGACCACAAGGGAGACCCGAGCAUCUUUGUGGUGUUUGAGAAACACCAGAUUUACCCAGAAUACAUCAUUAAGUACUCAUAAAGUCAACGAGUUUAUAAAAGCUGUGGUUUAAAAAAUAAAAAUGCAGCAUACUGUCCUGUAUUAAACCAUUUUCUCUAAAUGUCUCUAGAAGUAAAGACUGGUGAAGGGCUAUUUCUGUGGUUCAUUGUAGAAUUCUUCAGUGAAACAAUUUCUGCUCCUGUUUAAAUCUUACAUUGAGGUUUGUUUGAUUGUGAGGCCCUGGUACAUACUUACAAGACACCCCUCUGGCCUUCCUGACUAGAUCUAGAUGCUUUUUAAGACUCAAUUUUAGAAUAGUGAGUAAAAUACUAAACCUCUUGCACAUGUGCUCUGCUUAGAGUGAAAUAUACACGGCCUUAAUCAGGGGACCAGCGGUUUGGUCGCAAUUUAACUGUCAAUUAAAUUCAAUAUUUAUUUUCAUGUAACAAUGCAUGUUGUUAAUCUAUAUGUUUUUGCAAGUCAAUUUUGUGAUAAAAUAGACCACAUUAAAUAUAUAGUAUCAAACCAAACAUAUGGGUGCUUCACUUUUCAUUGAUUUCAAAAUUCAUAACCACAAGACACAUUACAUUUUCUUAGAAUGUCAUCAUCUUGUCAUCAUUUCAUUGAAUUAUUGAAACAGGAUUAUAGUACCACCAACCGCAGGCAAAUUAAUUUAACAAAAAUUAGUUUCAUUAAAAUAAUUUCACAAAUUUCAAACUACAUUUGUUGUCAACAAAGUAUAUACAGUCAAGCUUCCAACAUUAUAUUCAGUAACCUUCAGAGCUCUUAACCAGUCUAGGUACAUUAGCAGCAGAGGAGGGAGGUCUUAAGGAUCCCUUCAUGCACAGGGUUAGCUUCAAAUCUGACAGUUGCUAUCCUGCUUGUAGGCAUCUUUAGACACACAGAUGUUGUCAUGGAGACGGGGACCAACAUAAGUGUACGGUCUCUGAAAAGCCAAGCAAGAUCCAAAAGUAAUACAGUGUGUAUGUAUAAACAACCCUAAUCCAUUAUCUCUCCCAUCCCAAUUCCACCCAUUCUGAUUAUGCUCUUUCCAAUUGAGCAGAAUCCCUAUUUGUGUCAGUGGAGCUGUGGGCAGGGUCCUCGAGGGAGGGCUUGACUUCUGUCCCACACUCUGCCUGAUUAAAAAGGCACGCUGUCUUUGGAUGACCUCUCGUGGUCAUGUCUACUGCCAGGGCCUCCAGAGAUGAUAGAGCCGCUCUCUUAUAGAGCCGCUCUCUUAUAGAGCCGCUCUCUUAUAGAGCCGCUCUCUUAUAGAGCCGCUCUCUUAUAGAGCCGCUCUCUUAUAGAGCCGCUCUCUUAUAGAGCCGCUCUCUUAUAGAGCCGCUCACUAGUGCAGUCCCUUAGGGAACAACACUAGGCACUUUAAACUUAUUUUAAAUCUCAAAUUAAACAACCUGUUAUGUCAUAUAUCUACAUUAUGUGCAUAGUUAUUGCUAUGUGUGUGCUGGUGUGCUAUGCCUGCGGUGAGGGAGUCACUGCCACAUCCUCAGGAUCUCUCCUGG